AUGCUCUACUUCACGUGGUCCCUUCAUGUCAUACUGACAGAGGACAUAGAAGAUGUGGGGAAGAAAGGAGAUAGUUUGAAGGUGAGAGCCGGAUUCUUCCGCAAUUUCCUCCUCCCCAAGGGCAAGGCUCAGCUGCUCACCCCAGAAGUAAAAGAAGAGGCACAGCAACUUGCCCGAGUUUUUGAAACUAUGGGGGCUUUCAAGAUUCCACGCAAAGGUGGAAAAGGAAAACAAAUCUUUGGAAGCGUCACGGCACAGGAUCUUGUUGACAUAAUAAAGUCACAACUUAAUAGGGAUAUCGACAAGCGGCUCGUGGUGACAGUUCCAGAAAUUCGUGAAGUUGGAGAGUAUGUUGCAGAGAUCAAGCUUCACCGGGAUGUGACAGCUCGAGUAAGGCUGAAUGUUUAUGCGAAAUGA